UCCAAUUUUUUUUUUUCCUCUUUUGGAUCCUUCUCUUGCAGGCACACAACCUUUUCUUAUUGUCAUUCUCAGGGUAUAGCCCCUUCCUAAGGGCGCGCACUUGACUCAAGUGCGCGCACUGUGUCCCACCACCCACCCCUACCAUGGCCUUCCUCCUCUUCUCGCCUUCUCAAUCCCCUCUAAUCCUCGUCCUCCUCCUCUUCCUCUUCCUCGCGGUCCCUUGCCUCUCGAGAUCCGAGGCCGAGAUCCUCCUCCAGUUCAAGGAGUCUUUAGAGAACUCCAACGGGUUUGCCACCUGGAACGCCUCCAUUCCGCCCUGCAAAGGCUGGCGGGCCUAUUGGGAAGGCGUUAUUUGCGCCAACGGCACCGUGCGUGGCCUCAAUCUCAACAACCGGGGGCUCGGUGGCUCCAUUGACGUUGAAGCCCUUGCGGAGUUGCCCCUUUUUAGAAGCUUUAGCGCCAUGAAUAACAGCUUCGACGGUGACCUCCCGGCUUUCUAUAGAGUUGGGGCAUUGAAAAACCUUAAACUCUCCCGGAAUAAAUUCUCCGGCGAGAUUGAUGACACUUUCUUUUCUGGAAUGCGGUCUUUGAAGAAGCUUUAUCUUUCCCAUAACGAGUUCGAGGGUACCAUUCCCGCCUCGUUAAUCAUCUCCAAGAGGCUCCUGGAACUCAAGCUCAAUGACAAUGCGUUUGAAGGGAAAAUACCUUAUAUGAAGGUGCCCAGAAUUAAGUUUGUCAAUUUUUCAGACAACCAUCUCGAGGGUGAAAUCCCAACAACUUUCUCUCGUUUCCCUGCUUCCUCAUUUAAAGGGAAUUUGGGUCUGUGUGGGAAACCCUUGAAGCCAUGCAUCAUGCCAGAACUUUCGAUGACAACGUUAAUAGUUGUCGGAAUAGUUGUGGGGGCGGCGGUGUUGGCUAUCGUGGCGGUCAUCAUCAUCCUCCGCCAGCCCAAGCCGGCGGACUUGGAAGAAGGCGCACAACUUCCAUCAAGUCACCGCAGAAUGGCCUCAGUUGAUUUAGACAAAUUCGAAGUCAGUCCUGUAGAUUCUUGUGCUAAAUCCGAACCAGGCCUCAGGCUAACCUUCUUGAGAGAUGACAGAGAGAGAUUCGAUUUGGCGUCCCUUCUGAAGGCGUCGGCGGAGAUACUGGGCAGCGGGGUGUUCGGAUCGACGUACAAAGCGGCACUGAACGACGGGCCGGUGUUGGUGGUGAAGAGAUUCAGGCAAAUGAACCAUGUGGGGAAAGAGGACUUCUAUGAGCACAUGCGCCGCCUGGGCUCGCUUAAUCACAAGAAUUUGGUUCCCAUUGCGGCCUUCUACUACAGGAAAGAGGAGAAGCUCUUGGUUGCUGACUACGUCCAAAAUGUCAGCUUAGCUGUUCAUCUCCAUGUUAACGGGAACGAAACCCUUGAUUGGCCAACACGGUUGAAAAUAAUGAAAGGAGUAGCGAGAGGACUAAUGUUUCUAUACAAUGAGCUACCGGACUUGAUAGUCCCGCACGGCCAUCUCAAGUCCUCAAACGUUCUUCUCGACGCAACUUUCGAGCCGAUGCACGGCGACUACGGGCUCCUCCCGGUGGUGAACAUGGAGCAUGCUCAGGAGCACAUGAUCGCGUACAAGUCGCCGGAGUACCGGCAGAGGGGCCGGAUUUCCAAGAAAACCGACGUGUGGGCCCUGGGGAUUCUCAUCGUGGAAACCCUCACCGGGAAACUCCCCUCCGGGUUCUUGCAACAAGGGAAGAGCAACGACGCCGACAUCGCGGGGUGGGUCCAGACGGUGGCCCCGGAAGACGCCACGCCGGAGGUGUUCGACAAGAACAUGAAGGGGAUAACGCCGGCGAGCGAAGGGCAGAUCAUGAAGCUGCUGAAAAUAGGGUUGAGGUGUUGCGAGGUGGACGUGGAGAAGAGAUGGGACAUAAAAGAGGCCGUGGAGAGGAUUGAGGAAGUGAGGGAGAGAGACGAUGACGAUGAACACGCCGGCGACGGCCAAGAAUCUCACCCGGUGUCUUCAAGAGGAGAAUCUCAUCAGGAUUGAUUAUUGAUUGUUUGAUGAUAGGACAAAUUGGUCGUCGAUCGGUUCUAAAACAAACACACCACACUUAUUUCUUGGAUAUAUACAUGUAUAUUGACUGUUUUUUUUUUUGGUUUUGUUUUUGUUUUGUUUUUUGUUUUGAAGGUAUGGGUGUUGGUGACAAAAGAAAUUUUGAAACCAUUUUAUUAGAGUACAAAAGACGAUCUUACUUAUUAUCCUUGGUAAAUCGAAUCUAGUCUAAUUGUGUU